GAAUAAAUAUAAAAUUUUGUGAUCCAUCCCUUUGCGGAAAAAAACCCAAAAAAAUGGGCUUCAAGGAAAUUUGGAAGGAGUACAUGAAGAACUCAUCUCUUCAUGGUGCUAAGUUUAUCGUUGAUGAGAAGUAUCAGUAUUCAGAAAAAAUUUUCUGGGUCAUUUGUGUUCUUGCAUCCUGGAUGGCAUCGGUUCUUCUAAUUCGGGCAUCUCUUGAUGCAUUCGAGAACAAUGCAAUUAGUUUUGUUGUGGAAACUUCUUUUCUCGAGUGGAAAACCCAUUUUCCUGCCAUUGCUGUCUGUGAAUCCAAGAAUUUGGAUAGUGUCCAAGCGAUGUCUGAUCAUCUCUGGGGCGUUGAUCACGAUUUCACUCUUGAGGAAGUUCUCAGUGAAUUGACCUACUUCCGGGGAGAAUCCUAUCACACUAUACACGAAUGUGCAGACGAAGAGCCCACUCCGGGAUGUCUUUUCACGGAUUACAUAAAAUACGCACGACUUGUUAGGAGCAAUUGUACAAAAACUCUUAAUCAAUGCCAGUGGAAUUCGGAAAAGAAGUUUAAUUGUUGCGACUACUUCUUCCCCAUGCAGACAGAACUUGGCACUUGCUUUACAAUCAAUUCAAUGCAAACGGAAAAUCCCAAAAAGAUUAAAAUGCCAAUGAUAUCAGACAAGUACACUGGACCAGGAAAACUUAAAUUGGAAGUUCUGACUGAAGCAAAUAUUUACAUUCUUGGCGAAGAAGAUGUUCCCCAUUUGGCCACUCCGAAGUCUGAAAUUCUUCCUGUUACUCCUCAUAUCUCCUAUUAUCGACAAAUUAGCAUGAAAAACAUUGAAAAUGAUCCGGAAACGCGUGAUGUGAAUGUCGAACAGAGAAACUGUCGAUAUCCUGACGAGAAUGUCCUGAAUGUCCAUGAGUACUACAGCUAUAGCGCCUGUUCGGUUCAGUGUCGCAAAGAUGCUCAACUUAAGAUCUGCAACUGCACAAGUCAUUUAAUGCCAAGAACACCUACUCAUUUGCAUUGCAAUAUAAGCGGUUUAACGUGCUUGAACGAGCACUACGAGGAGCUAUCAAUUGUUAUCCCCAAGUGGUCAUCAGCCGGUCGUAAAGGGGUUGUAUGCGACUGUUUACCAUCCUGCACAGAAAUCGAUGUGUCUAUUAUACACGACUCAAAGGACAAGAGCGCAAUGGCAGAAGCAAGAGGCAAUAGAAAGGCAGUCGCUCAGAUUGAGAUUGAACUUUCAGCUCUACCAACUGAACGCUACAAGAGAAAUGUUGUUAGAGGUCGUUUGGAUUUAGUUGUGUCCAUGGGAGGAACAACUGGACUGUUCGUGGGAGCUAGUCUUCUGAGCUUUGUCGAAAUCCUCUACUAUUUCACAAUUCGCCCCUAUGGAAAUUUUCUCAUGGAGAGACGCACUAAAUAGUUUAUGGGAGACAUCGAACACCAUCUCUCUGUACCCACAAUUUCUUCCUUGAGUUAUUGCACUACACAAAAUGCUGCUCCCAAGAUGGUGGGGACACUGGACCCCAACAUUUUCUUCCACACUUCACUUUCGUCGACAGGCCAGUGGCCAGUCGCUCUGACGGCGAUUAUCAGUUGGAAUUGAAAGGCUGGUCGGGGCGGUAAAAGUGUUGCUGGUCAUCGUCACGAAAUAUACGUAAAGCAAAACAAAUUAUCAUUUCCAUUAAAAGUCAAGACCAGCUUCUGUUAGUCUUUUAUCUCUUCAAAAAUUAAAUUGCCCGAAAUAUUGGAUUAUUGCAAGUUACCUAAAAAAAAAUGUAAGUUUUUUUUCGUGUGCAUUGUGAAAAGAAGUUUAAAUAAAAUUGCAAUAUUUUA